AUGGCCGCAGAGCCAGCCGGUCCAUGGCACCCGGCCAUGAGGCCUAAUAGCGCUGCUGAUGUUGUUGUGCCGAGUGACAAGUCCGAAGCGGCUUCCUCCAUUGAUAGCAAUACAGCGCGUCAACCCACUCAAUCCGAAGAGCACGAUGCCACUGAAUCAUGGUUCGACAACGAGCAUGAAAACGAGGACGAAGCCAACGCUUGGCUCAUACCAGAAGACACCGAACCAUCGAAGCUCAUCGAUCCUGCACAGUCAACACGCCCUUUACAACCCACCGAAGCGGCAGAAGUGCUCGGUUUGGCCGAAACUCACACCCAUGAAGAACAGCAAAAGUCAGAAGAUGCUGCCAUCGCAUGGCUGACCAAUGGUGAUGAUGGGGACGGUGGCGCAAAACUGCUCUCCGACCAACGGGAACACAGUCCUUCUGGAAAGAAACCUAAGCAUUCCUCCCAGGAGGACCACGCCGAUGGGGCUCUUGCUUGCGAAGCGCUGAACAAAGAGCACGCUCGACCGGACGUAAACGAAGCCAAAGAAACGAAACAUGUAGCCAAGGGGCCUUCUUCGACCAUGGCUCAGCACUCUAGCUCUAUGUCCUUUGCUCGUACUGUCUCCCAUGAGAUCACUUUCGGCGACGAUGAUGAUGGGGAAUGGAUCCUCGGUCGAUCCGACACUGACACGUUCGGCUUCAUGCCGCCAUCGGAUAGGACGAACUCAUUCCCUGUUGUGCCCCCCAUUUCUUCCGUCUCCGAACCCAACCACGCCCUGCCUCUCCCUUCUAACCAGGCUCUCGAUGUUAUGGAAGAGAACGAAAGGGAAGCUGAACUUGAGAAAGACGAAUACAUGAUGCAAAGCCCCGAAGGCGAUAGCUCCGCGUCCUGGCAUAGACAUGUGGCCACCCGACGUAACCACGCGCCAUCACGAUCCAUUGGCGGCGAAAUUGCAGAUGUUACCACCACUGCUGCAGCGUCACGAUUUGAAGAAGGGAUACCAUUGAUUCCACGGCGCGAAGCGGAGGGCGAAGCUUCAGAAGCUAAAUCCGACCUGUUUGCAGACGAGGAGGCAAAUGAGGAUGACUUCUUUUCUCAGGUUCAGAAGAAUGACUGGGACAGCAACACAAAGCCUUUGGAGCGGAAAUCUACAAUGCACGUCAUGGCAGCUAUGGAUGACGCUGGCACAUUCACUCGCCAGAGCACAGUCGAAGAGGAGACUAUCGAAGAACAUGCUGAUGAGUCUGCGGAAGGAGUUGCACUUGGCAUUUCAGAGACAGCCGAGCCGGCGUCAGCAAUCGAUGACUUGGCAUCCAAGUGGGAGGAGGCCUUUGGGGGGAACGACAACGAUGAUUUCCUUCUAGACGACCCAACGGUAGAGAACACGGAUAUUGAUGCGGCGGCCUUUCUAGGCAGUGACGAUGAAGGCCUUCUGGAUGAUGUAUUGGACGAAACUGCGCCUGCCAUUCAAACGUCACAACCUCAAAAGCCGGCGACGAACCCUUACGCCUCCAUUAAUUCCGCAGCUCAUCAAUCAACGCCCUACAACGCGACAGCUGCCGCAGCUGUCUCCGCCCAGUAUCCCUCAGUGAUACCAUACAGUGGUACUCCUGUCCAUUAUGGACAAACACCAGCACUGCCGCAACCUGAAGCUACCAAAGCCCAGAGCUUUGCGGAUAAAUCCAAGGCCGGGUAUGCUUCACCUUACGAUUUGCCCACGGAUCUGGUCACCAAAACUGUGAAGCCACGAAAGCGUCCAAGUCUUCAACAUAUUCCGCCCGAAAGAGCUCCGCCGCCUCCCAGAAGUGCCAGCAUGUAUUCGCCAGGGCCGGCGACUCCUGCUGCGUCCGCGUUGCCGGCUUCAUCAGCGCCUCCGGCAUUGGCUGGUCAACCCCCUCUGGGUCUGGGCCCCGAAACGACUGAGAAAACACCGGCCCCGGCUCUGCGCCCAAAAGGCAGCUUCUUCGAGGAACUGCCAUUACCAUCCAAGCCCAGACCGGCUUCAAGACAGAGUCAACGAGCACCUUCGCCAGGUCAGUACGCACCGGGACCGCCGCAACAUGGACCUCCGCCAGCAUCACGAACUGUCCCUGCUUUGGCCCCGACAGCAAACCAGCCGCCAACCGCCCAACACUCGGCCGGGGAGACCCAGACAACACCUGGUAUGGCCGGCUUAGUUGCUCCUCCAAGGGUGAACCCCUUUUCCACUCUUCAAUCCCAAUCUCCAUCCGUCACACCUCCAUCGAGCAGUUCUUCUCGAUACUCGCCCGCACCGGCAGCUCAGCAAGGUGGCGGUGUUUCCCUAUCAAGCCGGUAUUCGCCAGCACCAUCUGCUGGAUCACGCCCGAAUAGCUCAUAUGGCACUGGUCCUUCACACAACCUUCCUCACUUGCCACGAACCUCGAGCCCAUUGGCACACUUUGAGAGUAGCGGUACUACUGACGGGCAGCAUCAUGAUCGUCGAACAAGCUCAUCGUUUGAACCAAGGUUAAAUCGUGUCUCAUCCUUGCCUCCAACUCGAGAGGUGGAUGAGGAGGAAGACGAGGAGGCCGUGUCUCCUGGAAAUCGAUCUGUCAGUGCCAACCAUGCGGCCGCUGCUGAUAUUGCCGAGUCGCGAUAUAGCCCAGCUUCACCAGUGUGUACAGCUCGUUACACACCUUCAUUACCCUCUGCUACUAACGGGCCCGCCGCUGCUCUUUCGCCCACCAAGAGAACCAACUCUUACGCACCCCAACCAGUAACAUCGUCUGCUCAAGCCUCGUUUGCACCCCCUCCGCGCGCCCAAACACACUCCCCUGGUGCUAUGCAAAACGUUGGUAGAAAGGGCAGCAAAUCAUCGGAAUCCGGCCCUCGCCCUUCAUCCUCUCACGCAUCGACAGCGCCUGCGAUGGCGAAACCUGCCCAAUCUGCGUAUGCUCCCAUCACCCGCGCUCGCGGCCAGUCACUUACCAAUUUGUUGCCACCUACCGAUGGUAGAGAGCACGAUCCCCUGGAGAGGUGGAAGGGAGCUCCGGUCAUGUCUUGGGGAGUCGGUGGAACAUUUGUAACAAUAUUCCCCAGGAGCAUUCCUCGCUACGCUAUAGGACAAACCACGCCAGUUACUGUACGUACAGUGGGUGAAAUCAAGGUCCAGAAUAUUAAGGAUCUGGACCCUCUUCAGGAUCACCUGGCCAAAUUUCCUGGCCCUUUAAAGGGAAAGUCCAAGAAGAAGGAGGCAAUUUCAUGGCUCUCUGCUGGUAUUGAAUUCAUGGAAAAGGAGCUUCCGGAUGUCACUUUCCACUCUCAUCUGUCCCUGGAGGAGAAACGCUCCAUCGAGCGACUCUUGCUGUGGAAGCUUUUGAGAGUCUUCGUCGAACAUGAUGGUGUGCUUGAGGGUAGUCCAACUGUGGACAAGGCAGUUCGACAGGUCUUGAUCCCGGAGACCGCUGGGAUGCAAAGUGAGGGUGCACCGCUUUUUACAGCGGCAGAUACCACGACCGCAGUUACCUCGAUGCAGGCAGAUGGAGUGGACUCGGGAGCUAUUGAAAAGAUUCGCCUAGACUUGCUCAAGGGGGAUCGUGAGACUGCUGUUUGGGCUGCUGUGGACAAGCGCCUCUGGGGCCAUGCCAUGAUCAUUUCUCAGACCGUCUCCUCAGAUCUGUAUAAACGGGUUGCGCAAGAAUUUGUGCGCAAGGAAGUCAACUACCCAGGCCACAACAAUGAGUCUCUUGCCGCUCUAUACAAGGUUUUGUCUGGCAAUUAUGAUGACUGUGUUGAUGAGCUUGUGCCUUCUCAUGCCCGCGCAGGAUUGCAGCUUGUGUCUACUGAGAAUUCUUCUGGCCCUACCAAAGACGCUAUGGAAGGCCUCGACAAGUGGCGUGAAACCUUGACCCUCGUAUUGAGCAACCGCAGCAAUGACGAUGUUCGAGGGCUGAAUGCUCUGGGUAAGCUGUUGUCUAGCUACGGACGAGCCGAAGCGGCACAUAUCUGCUUCAUUUUUAGCCGGCAGCUAUCAGUUUUUGGCGGGCUGGAUGACCCAAAGGCAGACUUUGUCCUGCUAGGUUCGGAUCAUCACAAGCAGUCGGACCAAUUUGCCAAGGAGACUGAAGCCUUGCAGCUCAGUGAAGUCUAUGAGUAUGGAUUGACUCUGGCUGGAGGUGUUACAGCAACUGCGGGAGCACCUCAUCUUGCGGCUUACAAACUUCAGCAUGCCGUAACACUUGCUGAGUACGGCUACCGCGAUAGGGCUCUGCAGUACUGUGAUGCGAUUGCUUCGGCCAUUGUUUCCCAGACACGCAGGUCUGCCUACCACCACCCCAUUCUUGAAGGCUCCGUGGAAGAUUUCUUGGCAAGGUUGAAACAGGCACCCAAGGAAGCAUCCUCGUCCUGGAUCUCUAAGCCUACGAUGGGCAAGGUAUCUGAUAGCAUGUGGAACCGAUUCAACAAGUUCGUCUCCGGAGAUGAGGACGGCAAUGGCCAAGCUGGGUCAGAUGGUGAUAACGGACCAUUUGCUCGUAUCGCUUCUUCACCGAACAAUUCGAGACCGCCAUCGACUUCCAAUUUUGAUGUCUAUGCCUCCUCUCCAAGCUUUCCGUCUUCUUCUGCACCGCCUGCAGCUGGUGCCGCCGCAUCUCGAUACGCCCCGGCACCAACGGCCCAAUUCCCUACCGCCCACGUCAAUCCAUUUGCUCAAGCCGCGCAGGGGCAGCAUGUGCCACUGCCCAAUCCGACAAGCAGCGCCCAAAGAUACGCCCCCAACCCGUCCGAGGCAAGUUACUCAGGCGUACCGCCUGCACAACCUCUAACUGGUGGAUACCAGCCCGUGGGUUAUCCUCGAGCCGCUGUACCUCCUAGUCACCAGCCUGUCGAGGCAGUUGCCCCCCAUGCUCAACAGCAGCCAGCCCCUGCCGUCCAGGCUCCAACCUCUGCCGGGUACCGGCCGUACAGUCUUCAAGAGCCACCAAAUAUUCAACCCCAGCCUGGAGCUGAUGACGCCGACCAAGGUUACCAGCCGCCAUCUUACGGUUACGAACCUCCACAAACGGUCCCAGAUCCCGUUAGGAGUGAUGCUCAAGGGACGGGUGACAGCAGCGGAUAUGAGCCACCUUCGUUCCAGCCAUAUGAUUAUGAGGCCCCAUCAUACCAGGCCCAUGUUGAGGGUGAUGACGCACGCAAGCCCAAGAAGAAAAGCUUUAUGGAAGAUGACGAUGAGGAUAUCCCCGCACUAAGGCAACCACAGGAGAAGUCGAAAGCGGAAAAAGACCGAGAGAAUGAGGAACUGUUCCGCAAAGCGGCAGAAGAGGAUGCCAAGCGAGCAGCUUCAACAACCAGUGUCAAAAAGGGAUGGGGUUUUGGAGGCUGGUUCGGGGGUGGCAAGAAACCCGAAGGCAACAUUGGCGAAGCUCAGCCAGGCAAAGCCAUCAAGGCCAAACUUGGUGAACAGAGCAGCUUCGUUUAUGAUCCAGAUUUAAAGCGUUGGAUCAACAAAAAGCCAGGUGCCGAGAACAUCGAGACCAAGAAGGCCGCCCCGCCACCACCACGGGGUGCUCCUCGCCCUCUAAGCGGCACCCCCCCUCCUGGGGCACCUGGCACUCCACCUCCAGCUGCUGGACGAUCCAGCGUUCCUCCCAUGCCGUUCCGAUCUACUGCGGGCAAGUUAACGACUGCUCAGUCUAUGGAAAACCUGACUGGUGCUUCUGCUAUGGGGGCACCUCCCGCAAGCCUCUCACGGUCGGUAUCUAGCAACAACACGACAUCGGCACCGCCGUCUACAGGUCCGCCCAGUAGGCCUGCGACCAGUAUGAGUAACGCAAGCAGCAUUGAUGACUUGCUCGGUGCGCCUGGCCCAAGAAAAGCAGGUCAGAAGAAGGCACGAAAGAGCGGUCGAUAUGUCGAUGUUAUGGCCAAGUAG